UCCUCUAUUUAAUGACACCCAUGCGAGAGAACUGAUGAAUGUGUAGGGUAACAAACACAGCCUUUCUUCGAUCCGGUUCUUUGUUCUCAGCUCCCUGCUUGCCCGCUCCUCUUUCUUCUCCCACAGCUUUCAGAUCCAAACACCAAUGGCCGAGACCCAAACAAGCGACCGCCAUCAUCACAGGCACAACGCGCAUCACGUGCACAGGCCGCCGCCCUGCAAGGGGAAGCUGAUCACGGUGCUGAGCAUAGAUGGAGGAGGAGUGAGAGGCAUCAUCCCGGGAACCAUCAUCAACUUUCUCGAGACGAAGCUUCAGGAACUCGACGGACCGGAUGCCAGGGUGGCAGAUUACUUCGACGUGGUUACAGGGACGAGCACAGGAGGACUGCUCACGGCCAUGAUCACCGCUCCUGAUGAGAAGCAGCGCCCGCUCUUCUCAGCCAAGGACAUCAUUGACUUCUACCUCCAGAAUUGCCCGAAGAUCUUUCCUCAAGGAUCUGGAUUUCUCAGCUCGGUAAGGAAGUUGGCAGGUGCAAUUAUGGGGCCUAAAUACGACGGCAAGUUCCUGCACUCCAAAGUCAAGGACCUGCUCAAAGACAUCAAGCUCAGUCAGACCUUAACGAACGUCAUAAUCCCAGCCUUUGACAUCAAGCUUCUCCAGCCCAUCAUCUUUUCAUCCUUUGAGGCGAGAUUGGAGCCUCUGAAGGACGCGCAUGUAGCUGACAUUUGCAUCAGUACAUCGGCGGCGCCGACCUUCCUUCCGGCGCACUACUUCGAGACCCAAGAUUCCAAUGGAAACACUCGUAGCUACAAUCUCAUCGAUGGAGGUGUUGCAGCGAACAAUCCAACCUUGGUGGCGAUGAGCCAGAUCAAGAAGGAGAUGUUCCUGAUGAACCAGGACUUCCACUCCUACAAGCCGAUCGACUACCACAACUUCAUAAUCAUCUCCAUCGGCACCGGCGCCGCCAAGGUGGAGAAGAAGUUUAGUGCACAUCUCGCGUCCAAGUGGGGCAUUCUUCAGUGGCUGUACCAUGGUGGUUCCACCCCUCUGAUCGAUAGCUUCAGCCAUGCUAGCGCCGACAUAGUCGACGUCCACAUGUCCUCUGUUUUCCAGUCACUGCACUGUGAGCAGAAUUAUCUGCGCAUACAGGAUGAGACCUUGAUGGGCCAAGCAUCAUCUGUUGAUGUCUCGACAAAGGAGAACCUGCUCGAGCUGGUGAAGAUCGGUGAAAGUCUUCUGAAGAAACCAGUCUCCAGGGUCAACCUUGAGACAGGAGACUUCGAGGAGGUCAAGGGAGAAGGAACCAACGCCGAAGCACUCACUCGCUUGGCUAAGAUACUCUCCGAGGAAAGGCACCGUCGGAAAGGCGUAAUGGCCUUAAACUGAGCGAAUAAUGGCUGGAAUACUUCCGUCUCUCUUUCUCUACAUCGAUCUCUAUCUCUACUGUUCGAGUGUGUUAUUAUGAGUCUAAACGGGCUUCUGUUGUACCCUCUCCUCAAUAAAAGCUUCUCUUUUGGUCUUUAA